AUGGCACCCUCUAUCGACGAUGGCGCCAAACUUACAGGCCUUGCUGCGUUGUCACAAGGCACUCCACUCCCUGGCGUGCCCAAAUUUAAAAACUUUGAGACGCAAAGGGAAUAUAUGCUAAAUCACAUGGCGGGUGCUUUCAGAGUAUUUGCUCGACACGGUUUCGUCGAAGGAAUGGCAGGCCAUAUCAGUAUGCGCGACCCCGAAAAUCCGGACCUUUUCUGGACAAACCCUCUAGGGAUUCACUUUGGACUUAUUAAUCCAUCCGACAUGAUUCUAGUCAACGAAGACGGAGUCGCUGUCGGCGGGAAUAUGUCUCGACCAGCAAAUGCUGCCGGGUUCCUGAUUCAUAGCGCAAUCCAUCGAGCUAGACCGGAUGUGAAUGCCGCAUGUCACUUCCAUUCUACGUACGGCAAGGCUUGGUCGACAUUUGCACAGCCCCUGGAAAUGCUAAAUCAAGAUGUUGCCAUCUUCUACGGCGCACAAAGUGUGUAUAAAGAGUUCGGCGGCGUUGUUCUUAAGGAGGAAGAAUCGACGGCAUUAGCUGAGAGUCUUGGUCAAGGGAAAGCCAUGAUAUUACGGAAUCAUGGUCUCCUAACUGUUGGCCAGACUGUGGAUGAAGCCGCCUAUCUCUUUCUCCUGAUGGAAAAAAGUUGCAUGAUCCAACUAGCCGCUGAUGCGGCCGCGGCAUCUGGCCGGGAAAAAUUAUACAUCGAUGACGAAGCUGCGCGAUUUACUUAUGAGAAUACUAGUGACCCAGAGAGCCUAUUCGCGGAGUUCCAGGGCUAUUUGCAAUGGGAAUCAGCUGUAUCACACGAUGGAUACAAGGCCAUGGGAUGUUGA